AUGCCUGCGACAAAGAAUAUCCGUGUUACUGACUUGACAGCUUGUCUUUUCUUCGUUGUGCUUCUGUCACAUUACCCGGCCCAUGCCUCGAGUGAACAAACGAAAACGGUGGAGUUUGACGUGAAACCGGGAGGAACGUUGUACGAGUUCACCGAAUCUAUUGGGGGUUACGAAUGCUCGUUCUCAUUUGUCGCACAAGGAGGAACCAACGAGAAUUGGUUAAUGAGUGUGGGCCUCAGUGAUGACAAAACCCAUUUUUCCUGCUCCGUGUGGAGGCCUACAGGGAAAUCAUACUUGUUUUUCACUGCUUUCAAAAUGGAGUUGAAGGGAACCAAAGUUGAAUAUGCAAAUGCUUUCUCACAGUUGGCAGGGGCAGGACAGACUGAUAAGGAUCUUAAGUCAGACGAAUACACUAUUCAAGAGUCCACAGUGACCCAUACAGAAGGCAAGUUCAACGCUCAACUGUGCAAACUGAUGGUAGUUGGACGCACGAGACACCAAGAGCUGUGA